UCCAAGUGGAAGACAAGGAACAACAGAUGGAAAGAGAUGGUAUUCCCAGUUGGACAGAAAGCAUCUGAAUCUGCUUGGAUCAUGAGGAAGAUGAAAUAUUCCUGGGCAGCCUUUGCAGGAAGAGGCAGCAAGUGGGAGAAAAUGGCUGGGGAAAAUGCAAAGAUGCUGCCCAAAGCCACGCAUGAGGAAAGAAAGAAGCAGGAAGCGAAGAGGAGAGGGAAACUGAAAACCAUGGCAGGCAAAUUACUAAAGUCCGUGGCUAGUGGGAAAGAGGCAGUGGAGGAGAAGGCUGGCAGUGAGGAUGUGGCAGGGAAUUUGCUGAAGACAGCAACCAGCAGGAAGGGAGCAGAGGGAGAGAUGCCUGCAGAGGAAACCAUCUGUGGAUUCAUUGAGCAAGGAAAAUUUUUUGAAGCUUGUGAUCAUAUUUAUGACCUGGAGCAUUCUGGAAAUGAUGGUGUGGCAAAAUCUGAAUCACUUUAUAUGCUGCUGGCUGAGCGAAUGUGGACUGUGGUGGGAGAAGCACUCAGUGGAAGUGGUAGGAUGUUCCUGGAGCCGUUGCAGUCGGUGGGGGAAUCACUGAAGUGGCAGAAGCAGAAGGAAGCAGAGUGGCUUGGCAGCAGCCAAGAGACGGAGUGUGUUUCCACCUGGCGUCCAAACUUCUGGAGGAAAGAUCUGGAGGAAAAACUAAUACAGUACAUGACAGCCCAGAUUCCCCAGUUUGGGUCCUCUAGUAACACAGACAAGACUGCACUACACCAGCAUCUGAGUCAGCUGGAAACGACAUUUCUCCCCAGCCUGGAGCACAGAAGUGAUGUCUUCAAGGAAGCCGGACUGCUUGUCACCUAUGCCCGCUGCUGUCAUGCCUCUUUGUCUUCUCACCUUUCCACACUUACUGACAGUAACCAUUUCAGCUUCAGCCAAUGUCUUUCAGUUUAUGAAUGGGGCCUUAAAAUGUACAAAAGUGGCAGCGAGACAUGUCUGAGACCCAGGGAGACCCCCCAACACGGCCUUUCCCUUGGUGUGCAGUGUCUCAUGUGGAUUAUACUGAAGACUGAGGAAAAGUUACUUGCAGUCGCCCAGAAGGAAGUAAGGAAAGCCCUGAAAGAAGCCUUUGAUAUUGGGAAACCCCCUUGUGCAGAUGCUGCAGUCAUUCAGAUACUAACAGAGAAGACGGAGGCUGCCUGGCAUGUCAGUGAGAGCCUGAGUGAGAAGGUGGAGGCUGUGUGCCUGGAGGAGUGCUUGAGGUUCCUGGAGAGCUAUGGAAAUGAAGUAAGAAGCUUUCUCCAGCUCGAUGGCUGCCCAGGGAUCUGCAGCGGCUUACGAAUCUUGGAGAACUGCUGCAUUCUCAGGAUUGUCUGGCAUAAGCUAACAUACAUUUGCAGUGCCAGCACUGGUCAGGAUGUUAAGGUAAAUGGAUUUCUGGACAGGAUGGAAGAUGAGAUUUUGGGGCAUUUUCUGCAGGCUGUCACUUCUAAAGUCAAGGGAACACUGAAGGAGCACUUCAAAAAGUGUGACAGUGGUUUUUACUACAUCCUUGAAUCCUUAAAGCAAAGCUUUUUGGCAUUUGGGAAGAAAAAAACAGACACGUAUGAGGGUCCUGCAGCUGGUCCCCUCAAGGAUCCUAUAAAAGCAAUUUUAGAACUUAUUCAAACUUCCGAUGCUGAGGGGAUGAAAAUAGCCCUUCUGCCCAUUCUCAAAGAAUUUCCUGAUCUAAGGAAGGAACAUCUGAGUGCAGUGCUGGACAUCAAAGACUCGCUCAGCCGAGAAGACAGAGCUGCUCUGUUGAAGGCAUUUCAUGAUAAUUGCAGGGAAUCAGAAACAGAACCAAACUUGCUUUUUGCAGAUAUAGAAGUAAAUCCUAGAAAAUAUGGACUCUGUGGAUGCUUCUGCUGUUAGCAAAGGCCUGCUGUGAGAAACAUGAGGUCUCGCUCCCAUGUGGCAGCAUCUGCAAUCUCAGCUCCUUGAAAGCCUCAGGGACCCUUGCAGCCGGGUGCACAAAGAAGCCUGACAGCUAUGGAAGAUGCAAUUCCCGCACUUUUGCAGGAAAACCACGUGGCCCAAAUCCUAAUCUUCUAUGCAAAGUCCAGGCAGAAGAUGAAUGGGAUAUGGCAGAAAGACAUUCCUUCAAAGUUUGCUAGAGAUUGCCGCUUAGCUGAGUCCUGCUGGUUAUUCCCAGGAUGUGGCAUGGUGGUGUGUGGAGGAGGAGGAAGGUUCCCCCUCACCAAAUUUCUCUGUUUCCAUCCCUCCUUUCAUACAAUCUCACAUGAAACCAGGGACUGCUGCACCACAUGGUGUCCUAGUAGAUGACAUGGCAUCGCAACCUUCCCCAGGGACCCAGGACCCUCCGUUAGGGAAUCCUGCCUAGCUCAUGGUGCUAGCGGUGCCUGCGGGUUUGGGCACAUGGAUCAACCCCCUGAAGCCUGACCUGCACCAGGAGGGGUGCAGGCAGAGCUGCCUCUUCCCUUGCUCCCCACACAAGAAGACUGUGACCUGCUUUGGGGGCAACCUGCCAUGGUGCUGGCUGUGGGAUGGGAAGCUCUUCCUGUAUGAUUUUUACAGCUGACUCUGGAGCAAAGUCUUGCAUUCAUUUUUAUACCUCAGUUACUGGAAAUUUCCUCUUGGAGAGGGAGGGAAAGCCUCAUGGGAAGCAGGCAGUGAAAGGAGCUGUUUGUCCCAGCCUCCAGGCAAGGUCUGUGCUGUUUUCAGAUGUAAAUAGGCAGUUCCACCAGGAAAACACUGACUUUUCUUCCCAGUUAUCUAUGGACUGGUCACAACCUCCAAGCUGGAUUUGGUUCAAGGCCUUCCUUUGCUAUUGUGUUAAUAUAGGCCAUUACCGCUCCUCUCUGGCCGUGUAAACAAGCAAAAAAGCUCUGCUACCUCAGACGUGCCAGUGCUUUUCUGAGCAGCCAUUCCCCCUCAAAUCUGCUUCCCUAACAAGAAAAGGGGCAAAUUUGUGCAUAACCCAUCAAUGUGCGAGGCAGGGGACAUGUCAGGCCCUGGGAAAGCGCAGACUCAGGUGGGUGCUGCCACCCUCUGCAGUGCCGUGCCGUCACCCCAGGGACGCGGGUGUCUUGGCUCAGAGGCAGCUUGUCUGUGGACGGGGUCCUGUGAGCUUGACAGGAGCCGGGGCAGGUUUAUAACUGUCAUGAGCUUUGCUCCUGGCACAGCGCUGAGCGUGGGGUGAGUGGCAGAGAAGCGGGAAAGAACAGGCUGCUCCGUCGGCAGGGAGUCCUCUGUGGGCUUUUGGGGCACCCUGAGACCUCGCCAUCGAUACGCUCCUCACAUCAUUAACGGGCAGCGAGAGCGUCCCGUGGCCUGCCUGCCCUUCCUGACUGCAUGUCUGCUUCAAAGGCCCAACUCCUGUGUCCCUUGCACUUUAUAGCUGUCCAUUGCAGCUUCAGUGAGACUUUUCCUGGGAUGUGGGGAGGCUGGAAGAGCUGGCGGAGCUGCAGCCUGGCCGGGUGGACGCGGGUUGGGCUGUGGGGCUGGGUGGACGCCUGCCCUCCAAAGGGUGCCAGGCCUGCUGGGCGUGCUGGGCCAGUCAUCCUCCCCUCCCGCCUAAUUGCACGUUUUUUUCAAGGGCGGGAAAGGAUGACAGACCCGACUGCGACAGCAGGGUCAGAGUCAUCCUCUGCCGAUGGGGAUUUCA